UUAGUUGUAAUGAUAUUAUGAUAAUAUACAAAAAAAAUGUUAGAGUUCAUAUGGGACACAUGGGUUCUUACAAUAGGAACUAGGAAGUGAGUUAAAAUAUGAUUGGAAUAUGAUAUGGACAGUACAGGCAACUAAUAUUCAGUAUUUUGUGAAGGUUUCUACAGAAUUGAAACCCCACCUUUUUUUGCACUUCAUCAAUAAGCAUAUAUACCAGUAUACUACGAGAUGGCCCUUUAGUGAACUCCGACAGUGGGGUACAGAUUAAACAAAGCCGCCAUAUGGAGGUUUGGUAAUAAGUUUGAUCAGAUUCACUACUAAGUAAAAUACUAUUUUCCACGAUACAACAAUUUAGUAACUUCGUCAAUAUUAAUCACAUGUUCUGCUAAAUUGACACAUUUAAAUGGCUAAAUACAAAACCCCUCCCUUCAUAAAAUUCGACAGAUCGAGUCAUUUUAGAUGGAUAACCCUUGUCCAACUAUUCUAACUGUUUUCAAGUAUUUUCGUUUGCCCUUCUUGGUGAAAGUUUUUGACAAGUUCGGUCAAGAAUCAAUUUGAGGGCUCCCCAGCUUCAUGAAAGCCUAUGAAUUGCAAUUCAAUUCCAAAAGAUUCUCAAGAUAAAAGCCUGUAUAGCAUAUAUUUCUACACAUCAGAUAUAUAUACAGUAUUAGCCUUCCUAAAUAGUAGUAGCAGAAUAAAAGUUGGAUAUAUAAGUAAAAGAAUAAAAACAAUUUAAACUGAUCAGAUAAAAAGUAGACAAAAACCUUACUCUGGGUCGAAGGUAGUAUAAAAAAGACUCAAGCAGUUUAAGUUAAAAGAGUACUCAUGAGUCAUGAUAAGGAAAUAACUUGAACCCAAUAAAUAUACUUUGUAUAAAAUUUGAUUCAAAUAAAAAGUACAUGAUAAGGGAAUAUCUUACAUCCAAUAAAUAUACUCUGUAUAAAAUUUGAUUCAAAUAAAAAGUACUCUCUAAAUGAUAAUGAAAACUAAUCUUGGUCAUUAGUUUGAUAAAAUAGAAGGAUCUAGUCAAAUUUUAAGACUAAAAACAAAGGCAUUACUGUGAAUAAGUUAAAAAAUACGGAGUUAACUUGUAUAUCAUUGGGGUCAUUUGACUAUAGGAAAGACAUUGAUUUUCAGAAAAACUAAUCAAUAAAACUUAUAGUGCAUAAAAAAUUAGUGAGAUUUCAUAUAUAGAGUCAAAGAACUUUUUUUAUGUUUCAGUACCACAAAUAGUAUAAGUCAAUAUUAAUAGUUUGUACUUUUUCUAUCAUUAUCUUCGUAAUUCAUGUGAGGUAAAACUGCAACACUGAUGUGAAGAUUCAAUGAGAUAUGACAAUACAUAUUUAUAAGGGAAUUAGUGACACAAGUUUGGCACUUUUGUUCUACUUGUAUCUAUCUCCGAUUGUAUGUGAAGCUAAGAAGAAUAAUGCCAAAUACUCAUAGACUGUAUUCUAGCUAUUUACUUUUAACAUGAGGGUAGUACCAUUUGCAGCAUCAUGAUCCAAAGCAGCGUCGCCAUAUUCAACUUGUGGAACAGCACCACCAUAUAAAGCAUGCCGGCUAUAUUUGCUUCUUUAGCAGCAUACAGAGCAGAGUAACAUGGUGUAGGUUACACGGUCACACACUCACACCUGUAGUAGGAUUCACAUAAAUUCGUAAAUGAAUCAGAUCAUCAACUUUAGGGAGAACUCAGGACCCAUCAUCCCAGAAAGAAUUGGAGAUAACCGAAUUGCAAACCAUAACAUUAGUACCAAUCCAGGAAAAACCCAAAACCCUAAUUUCUUCGCCUUUCGUUUCUUCUUAUCAGGAAAACCCCAAAACCCUAAUCUCAAUGCGGACCCCGAAUCCAAUUUUGGGGAAAGUGAGUGCCGGCGCUUGAUGGCGGAGAGCCUAGCUAGAGUUCUCCUCUGGAUGCUCUCUGGCAUUAGAUCUAAGGUAGCGUGCAUACUGUCAAUGCAAAUUUCGCAGCUGCAAUUGGAGUCUCUUCGGCAGUUGCUGGAUUCCGUGGGGUUGGAUGUCGAUUUGGACGAAGAGAUGGAUGUUGUUUUCAUGAUUUUUUUUUCUCUAAAUCUGAAGCAGCGGGGAUCUCAGCGGUCUCGGUUUCUGCCUCUUCGAUUCUCUGCUCAGUUUUUGGCGGAGAAGAUGAUGUCUGAGUGUUCAAGUUGAAACUAACAGUCUGAUUAAGCUAUGAAACCGAUUUACGGAAUUAGGUUAAUUUCAUCAUACUAGUAUAUAUAUAUGCGCUGAGAUUCUGCAACUUUUAUUUAUUUUUCGUUUUAAGUUUGAGCCUGUUUCCACUGUGUUUUAAGAAGCUUUUUGACGAUAAAAAAAAAAGAAGCUUUUUGGAUAUAAAGGUUAAAGUCGAUCAGUUUUGGUAUUGCCCCAUAAAAGAAUCUCAGUUUUCAUCAAUGCAUGUGAUCCC